AUAUGGGUGAGUUGUUUCUGCAUUUCUAGGAUUUCACUUGAUUGGGAUUGAUGACAAUGCUAGUGGAGUUGUGGAAUCCUGGUUCUGUUGGGCUGGAGUAGGCAUGAGGCAGGCAACAAGAAGUCUGAUCACCCCACUUACAUCCUCUCCCGCUCGCCAUCGAGUGAAGAAAACAUGGACUCUUUCAGCCAAGGCAACAUGCCAGAACGCCGCGACAAAAAGACGUCCAUUGAAGGUCUUCUCUUCAAAAGUCAAAUAUUUGACACCGACAACACUGGAAAGUUUUUCACACUGGAAAAAAGUCCUAGCCUCUCAGGAAGGUUUUUGUGGGCCACCGUAUCCUAUCUUCCAAUGAACAAUCCUCAGGACUACUUCGAACAAUCUUUCCUCACCCCAGGAGAUGUCAUAACGAGUUGGUGUCCAGACAGUUCCCCUUCCCCAACGGAUAAGAGACUGCGGACGUUAUGAUCGACCUCAUCCUGGACAAACC